UCCUAUCAGAGUCUACCACUUGCUGCAAGGCUACGUCUCUUAUCCGCCUGCUUCAAUGAUUUCACUCCAUCGCUGCCACCGUAUCCGUGCUACUCAAGGCGUUAUGUUCUACACUCUGCCUCAAGUCAGCGUGUAUACAUCAGCCUCAAUGAUCAAGCCCCUAACGUCUGGAUUCGCAAUUGGCAUGACAACCUAACUCGACGCUAUGCGGCAUUUGCACCCAGUAAAUCUCGUGGUCGAGACUUUACGUCAUAG